AUAAAAAAAAGUCCAAGGAAAGACCCCACAUGCACCCACGAUUCUUCUUCCUUAAAUGGAAGUCUAGAGCCACUUUGUACAAACUUCAGGCCUCAUCAAACACCAUCCUGUACCCUGGAAAAUUAAGCGCCAUGACAUCCCAUCCAGAAGAAAAGACCUGGAAGGAAUCCAUGGUUCAAGUCUCCCACAGCGAGAAUCAGCUGCCAUUUAAUGAGAACGAUUCUCAAGACAUGUUCAUCUACCAAGUCUUGAACGAAGCAAACGCUCAUGCGGUGGCGAUCAAUAACUUCCAUCAGUUUCAUGUUCCCCCAAGAAACCAAAGUAGCGCAACAAACAUGCUUGAACCAUCCAGGACCAUCGCCAAGAAGCAUUACAGGGGUGUCAGGCGUCGCCCCUGGGGCAAAUACGCUGCUGAGAUCCGUGACUCCACGCGAAAUGGUGCACGCGUUUGGCUAGGGACAUUCGAAACAGCAGAAGAAGCUGCUCUGGCUUAUGACAGGGCAGCAUUCAGGAUGCGCGGUGCCAAGGCUUUACUCAAUUUUCCAGCUGAAGUUGUGGCUGCAUCGUCGGUCCAAAGAUUAAGGCCGAACUUAAGUUCAACAAGGUCAGAGAAAACGAAUCCGGAUUCAGGAAGCAGCUGCAGAGCACUUUCAAUUUCGGAAUCAGAGAGCAGCACAACUGGGUAGUCGCAUAAACUUGGACAAGUUCUUUAAACCUUUCUAAGACGGGCUCGAGGCAUCAGAAUUUCUACCAUUCAACCGGGAUGUAAAGUCCCAAAAGGCACUAGGAUUUAGAUGUGUGAAAGUUUGCAUUUUCCUUUCGAUUUAUUGUUUUCCAAAUGUUGUACUUAAUUAGCAUUUUUGUAUAUAAGAGCCCUAUUCGGUGUCCAACGCACAUUGCAACAAGUGUACAAAUCCGCUCUGAGAACCAAUAUUUCAGUUCCUAUUGUGUUAUAAAAGGAAUGUCAGUAAGGCAAGAGGCUUGAGAAUAA